CCCGCCCCCUGGCUGUGCUCGGGCCGAGGCAGGGCGGCGGUGGCUAUGGCGGCAGUGACCGAUGUGCAGCGGCUCCAGGCCCGUGUGGAGGAGCUGGAGCGCUGGGUGUACGGGCCAGGCGGGUUGCGCGGCUCGCGGAAGGUGGCUGAUGGCUUGGUCAAGGUGCAGGUGGCUUUGGGGAACAUCGCUAGCAAGAGGGAGAGGGUGAAGAUUCUGUACAAAAAGAUUGAAGACCUGAUCAAAUACUUGGAUCCUGAGUACAUUGACCGCAUUGCCAUGCCCGAUGCCUCUAAGCUGCAGUUCAUCUUAGCAGAGGAGCAGUUCAUCCUCUCCCAGGUCGCACUCCUGGAGCAGGUGGAGGCUUUGGUGCCCAUGCUGGACAGCGCUCACAUCAAAGCCGUUCCUGAGCAUGCCGCCCGCCUGCAGCGCUUGGCCCAGAUCCACAUCCAGCAGCAGGAUCAGUGUGUGGAGGUCACUGAGGAGUCCAAGGCUCUUCUGGAGGAGUAUAACAAGACUACAAUGCUUCUCUCCAAGCAGUUCGUGCAGUGGGAUGAGCUACUUUGCCAGCUAGAGGCCGCCAAGCAAGUGAAGCCCGCAGAGGAGUGAUGACUGCUCUCCAUCCCAGGGUGGGCCAGGGCAGCCAGGCUCCAGGGCCCUGUGUCAACCUGCUCUUGUAACAGGGCAGAGGCAGCGCUGUAUUUAUUGGAUUCGUGGCCUAGCUGUCUGCACUCAGGUGGGGUUCUGAGGUCAGAGGUCUGGCUACUUGAGACUUGCUAUUUGCACCCCCUCCCCUCAUCAGUGUCCUAUUCCAGUGAUAAUAAACUGUAGAGAUCA